AUGGUUACACUAAAGAACAGAUCUUGGCAGUGCGGACAAAAGACGGAGGUGAGGGUGGGAAAAAACCCAGUCUUGGAGUGUGUCAGUUGGUGGUAUAAAGUAGCGGACUUCUGCAUUGACAUAACUCGGCCUAUGUCUCCACUCUUUGUCUCUACUGAUGCUCAUACCAUGUCCUCUAUUGCUCGUCGUCCUCCUUCCAGCCGCGGCCACACUAUCCUGUCCCCGGAACCGCCAAACACGCCCCCACGAGUCAGUCAGCGUUCCCAGCUCGUCCUCGCCGUCAUGGCGUGGCGUGUGGGUUGGCUGCUGGUGGGCGUGUGGGCGUGGUCAGCGGGCGGUGUGCCUCGCUCUUCUUCGCCCCGCCCAGGCUGUGAUGUGGAGGCGCUUCGCUGUGACGUCAUCUGUUCCUUCCCAGACCUUGGCUUUCACUGCAGCCGCUGUGCUAGAAGAAGGCCCAUGAGGUUUGGGAAACGAGGAGACAGCCUACCUCUUCCUUACACCACCACCACCUCCUCCUCCUCCUCCUCGCCCUUGCCCGGUGCCCCCAGCCUUCCGGCCACGACGCCCCCUCAGCCUGACUCACUGGAUGGUUUUCGUUUCAUCGGCCGCCCGCACUUGUUCCUCGGCAAGAUAUUUUGGAGGGACACCGUGAAGGAAAAUGUUCUCUUCCGGGAGAGGAAACUGAGACUCUGGAGAGAUCGGAAGAAAUGUCACCAGAUCGCUGAUGAUCCCAGCAGGUGCCAGAACAACGCGCUUAAAAGAUUAUUCAGAAGCUUCGGGGACCAAGGUGAUCAACCUCGUGAAGCAGGUGAACCCAACGUGAGUCCUUGCGCAGUGGACCCGAGAAAAUGUGCCCCCGGUUAUGACAUCCGGAAGCGUCUGGGCGGCACCGACAAGUCAGUAUGGCGGCCCAUUAACGACAGUACUCUCAGAAAACGAUCCCACAGCAGCGUAGACUUACGUAAUCGCGCGAGGAUCCUCGUCAAGCAUCCCAAAGACAGUGAAAAGCACAAAAGACACCGGAACUUCACGAACAAGCCCCCAGAACGCCUUCACCACACUGGGGACGUCUCUAGCGCCAUCAAGAGAUAUCCCUUUAGCCCCGGCAGGAGAAGGUCGCGGCGGUCCGUGGUUGAGAAGGUGGUGGACGGACUGAUGGAGAUGCUGGACCUCGAAGUACUCCCCGUCAACCCUAAACACUAUGGCUGCCACGACCUACCUUUCCCGGUCCUGGAUUAACUUGCCAUUGCUCCAAUCUCGAUGUCGUGGCGCCCCAACACAUGAUGCGCCAUAGCCAAGUCAUAACACUUCCUAUGUCAAAGGGAAGACAAACCAAACAUGAUGGUGUUGUCUUGCACAACAUUGAGGCAGACCGGAAUGAACAUCGUUACUAAAGCUACCAUAAUGCAUAAUAUAUAAACCUUAAUCCCCCCUGAAAAUAUCCAACGUCGAAUUAACUCACUUGAACUAUCAAAUGAAACGUCAAUAUGAAAACGUGUCCAUAUUUUUUUUGUUUCCUGAUAAUUCCCUACUGUGUACUGUACCUCUCUCCAAUAGAUUUAUUAACUUCUGUGAUCCUGAUGCGGCAACAUCAGAGUCAUGAGGGGCUGAUAGCAGUAAGAUCUGAAGUUACAUACAUUUAGUGUUCUGACUAGCUGCCUCCCAGCCACUGAAGGCCGGCAGUGUGGCUAGAAAGGCAAGCUGUUCAUGCCAGAGUGGUGCUUGACCCUUCACCUAAUGACUAAAUGGCGCUUGUUGCUCCGUUGUUUCGUUUUAGUAACCCUGGAUGAAUUUAAAGUUUGCUAAAUAUGAAUAAAUUACAGACACCAAACUGUUUCAAACUGUUUCAAAUAUUCUGUGACUGUUGCGUCUCUUAAAAUGCACCGUCAAACUUUGCACCAGACCAUUUCAUUAUACUUGAGAAGGAUAUCACAGCCGUUAAAGAGAUAACUAUAGUUGGUUUGUCUUGGGAGGAUUCCUUCUGUUUGAAACGUUGGUAUUAGGGCAACUUUACCUUCAAAAUUAUCUUUUGCAUGUGACAUUCAGUACCAGACUUAUAACGUUCGAAGGAUUCCUUUAACCCUUUCGUAAGAAUGAAAGAAUAUCAUGUUACUUACAUGCUUGAUUACAGACAUAUUGAGUGUGUCCUCUGGGUUGUAAUCAGUGAGCGAGUAUGUACGUACACAUAUUAGAAAGAUCUUGAGAAAGACACUCUUGUCUGAAUAAACUCUCUUGUAUCAAAUGAAGGAUUUUUUUCCUUUUUCUUUCAAAUUAAAGUCAUGUGAGGUCAAUUAGUGUGUGUGUGUGUGUGUGUGUGUGUGUGUGUGUGUGUGUGUGUGUGUGUGUGUGUGUGUUUCAGUACGCACACGUUCCAAAAAUCUUACUUCACACCACACGUCAUUUAGUAAUUCAGUUCUUUUCCCUUUAUAUUCCGAGUCACAAUCGUCUCAGCCACACACCGUACAGGUACAGCUGGGCAACGAGACUCGCCACCACCGCCGCGAUCAAAUCAGCGUACCUCUCAAUGCCGUGUUGCGGAGGAAAGGCUCAAUAUUCUUCAAUGUUCCGUCGCUUUUCUUGACUCACUAUGACACGCUGUAUUAGAUUUAAAUAUUGAGAUUCUCUAUAGUAUUAAUGAUCCUGGUGACAGUUUAAAAAGGAUUGUGUACCGUCAUGAAAAAGCACCAAGAACCGGAUUCAUAGUCUCUGUGGCCUUUGAAAAUAGUCUGACGAAAUUCUAAGGCGUUUAAGGAGACGAGGCUACAUGUAUAUGCACAAUUGCCAACUCUAAUAAAGGAUCAGCAGUCACUUCAUUAUAUUUAUCCCCAGGCUUCUUUUUUGUAAGGAAUUCAGCAGAGAAGUAAGGUGUCUAGUUCAGUGGUGUCGUCGGAUUACUCGUCUGAUUAUAUCAAAGCGAAAGACUAUUCAACAGUACUGAACUGGACUCAAGGAA